GUGCCUGACAAUCGAGACUGAAAUGGAGAAUAUUAAUCUGAAGAUGUUGGAGAGGAAAAGAGCAGAAUAAAUGUAUCGGAGUGUUGCUUCAACAAAAUGGCAUGUACAGCAAAUGGAAGUUCAGAACUAUCGGAGGAUGUGAUUGAGCAUUAUUUCCCUUUUGAAGCAUUACCGGAAGAUUGUAAACUACAAGUCUUCUCAUAUUUGAAUAAUACUGCCAAAGUCAGGUGUUGCUUUGUGUGUAAAGAAUGGUUGUUUUUACUGAAAAGUCCAAGACUAUGGAAUCAUAUAUCAUUGUCUGAUUUUACACCAAUUUGUUUAGGUCAGGCAAAUCAUACUUGUGUUUAUGAAUGUUAUAAACAAUAUCAGACUAAAGUCUUACAGUUUACAGAGUAUUUAUGUCAAAUAAAACCAAUACUUCACAGCUUUGUCUUUGAACUUGAUAUUUAUGACCCAAAAGCGAAAUUCCUACCUAAUAUAGAAAACUUUCUACGUACAGCUCAAUGCAGAGAGUUAAUUUAUGCCCACCUUAAUUGGAAAGAGACCCCAAAUCAGCCUUUAUGGUAUGAAGAAAAAUGUUGGUAUCAUGAAUCCGAUGUAAUACAUUUACAUAGACUUAGACAUAGAAAGUUUGUUUGGUUUUUUGACUUUUUCACAAGUGUUGCGUCCAAUUUAAAAACUCUCAUCAUGCCAUUUGGUUGGUCAGAAACAAGUGUUGAACAUCUAAAACGACUUCAAAAUCUACAAACUCUAGUUCUGGAAAAAUAUUUUGUCUUUAAGACAUUAGAUCAAACAUUACUAGAUCGUGUUUUAGAAAUCCUACCAAAGUUACAAAGAUUUCUUCUGGAAGUUUGGACCCCCAGUGGAGCUGGGCUUUUAUUUUACUCUCUAAAGUCUGCUUCGCUCCAGUUUCUAGAUAUAUCUCAAAGUCGUGGUUUUUAUUUAAAUGGUCUUGUGAUGCCCAAAUUGAGACAGUUUUGUGUUGCACGUCAUCCGUGGAAUGGACCAAUAGUGUCAAGUGAUAAAAUUAAAAUUCCUUGUCUUUAUGGUAUUCUUGUGAAUGGUGCCCCUAAUUUGGAGAAAAUCAAUGACCAUAAUCUGGAGGCUAAUUGGAAAGAAAAAAAAUCACCCAAUCUACAAGAAGUCCUCAAGUCAGUUUGUGCAUGUAAAUCCCAUAAACGGGGGUGGGCAAUGUGA